AUGGAGCACAAAAGUUUACUAUCCCAUCCUGCACCAGGUCAUUACCAGAAGUUCUUUCAAAUGAUCCUUGUCCUGGGGAUUGGUGGGAACCUUGUCGUUGGCUACCAGAUUUCUGUGAUCAGUUACCCCUCUGUGUACAUCAAGAGGUUUAUGAAUGAAACCUGGCUGGAGCGCUCUGGAGCCCCCCUCAGUGAAAAGACGCUGCUCUUCCUGUGGUCAUUUGCUGUGUCUGUCUAUGGAAUAGGAGGCCUGCUGGGAUGUCUCUGCAGCGGAUUCCUGACCAUGAAAUACGGGAAAAAGAAAUGCCAGCUGAGCACAGACCUCCUGGUCAUCCUGACUUCCCUAGUCAUGGUCUGCAGCAAGAGAGCCAAGUGCUUUGAAAUGGUUCUGCUUGGACGAUUUGCUUACGGGAUAAGUGCUGGCUUCUGCCUGGCCAUUCAUUCUCAGUACAUUGGAGAAAUCUCCCCCAAGAAAUGGAGAGGACUUGCAAAUGCUACCUCUGGAUUCUUUUGGUCUCUGGGGAAAUGCUUGGGCCAAAUCUUGGGACUCAGGGAGCUCCUGGGAACCGAUCUGUCCUGGCCGCUGCUGCUGGCCUUUCCUGGUGUGGCGGCCUUCCUCCAGCUGCUCCUCUUGCCCUUCUUCCCUGAAUCUCCUCCUUAUCUCUUAAUCCAGGAGGGAGAUGAGGAAGGCUGCCUGAAAGCAAUGAACCAGCUGUGGGGCCAAGGGGAUCACCAGGAAGAGCUUGGUGAGCUGAAGAAAGAAAUGGCCCCAGGAGGGCAAAGAAGCAAAGUGCUUUGGCCAGGACAGUUGCUCUAUGAUGCAUCGCUUCGCCAGCAACUGAUCAUCCUGAUGGCUGUCAUUGUCACUGUGCAGCUCUGUGGCAUCAAUGCAGUUUAUUUCUAUGCUUUUGAAGUGCUUCACAAUGCAGGUUUAGAAGAGAGACUUAUCCCCUAUGUCUGCCUGGGCAUCGGCUUCUCUGAGCUCUUCUCGUCUUUCCUCUGUAUAUUUGCCAUUGAACGGUAUGGACGAAGGCCACUGCUGUGGAAAGGCUGUGGGUCGAUGGCCUUGGUGCUCUUCUUCCUCACAGGGACUCUUUUUCUGCAGGAGGCAGAGAAAUUAAAAUUCUCUAACAAAUACGGCUGCGACAUCCCAAAUAACCGGGCCAGGAUUCACAUCAUGCAAGCAGCCCUGGACCGGGUGGUAGACCUCCAUGACUCGGACAUGCCUGAGCUAUUAAACUUUAACCAGUUCAUGGUCUCCCUCUGGUGCUGGUUUGAAGACCCUUUAGCUGAUUGGAAGGCAUGGGAGCAGAUAAAGAUGAUGAGGCAGAGCAAGCGGCCGGUAGCGGAAUACACCCAAGAAUUCCAGGCCCUGGCCAGCAAGUUGAAUUUUCCGGAGAACAUCCUGCUCAGCCACUUCAAGGAUGGGUUGAACUACAAUCUGUAUGAUGCCUGCCUUCCCCGGGGAGAUCCCCACCGGCUACAAGAUUAG